AACUCACCUCUCACCUCUGCCCUCUUAGGACAUUCCCGUACAAUACACGACUUGUCACCAUGUCUCUCCUCGGAAAGAAGUUCCCCACCCCCAUCGCCAAGCCUCUGGGCCCCUUCUUCGCUGCCGGCGCUGUCAUCCUCUACGGCAUCAACUCCCUCGGCAAUGCCCUCAUGAACACCGGAGAGUUCAAGAACGACCCCCGCAACCCCAACCUGAAGAACAACAAGCACUAAAUUAAUCUCUGUUAAUCUGAGAAUGUCGAUUUGACGGGUGAAAGAGGAAGAUGGAGGGCGGCUGAUUACCCGGAUUGCUGCUUCGCCCAAGUUUCGGUUUGCGGACAGUUAUUCUGUACAGGCAUAUAGACCGUCAUAGGAUUUUGACGAAUUGACAAGUUGUACCACUACUGCUACGGUCAUCUUUCCCAGUACAGGUUCUCAUCUGUUUCCUUUGCCUUGACUGGCAUUCCUUCACGUAAUUCGGCUGCGACUGCGAAGUUAUAGCAGUAGCUAGCAGUUUAUCA